ACGAAGCCAACAAAAAGGAGCGGCGCAGGCGAAGUGUCGAAUGUAUUAAACUCAUUACCGGAGAUGCAAUGACCAGGCCCAAUCAUGCAUACCGGACUACGAAAUGCAAUUAGACUGUCGGUACGUCGAGCAGCCAUCAAUACAAGCAACAAGAACUACGCAGUGCGAGUAACGGCAGAGCGAUGAGUUUGCUGUAAUAACGAUUUCCUAGUAUUUCACAGCGCGCGGGGCUGUUAGAAUACAUACUUACAUAUGUAUGUAUGUAGUACGUAUAUCGUGUAUUGUAGCCUAGGGUACUUCUUACCUAAAUGUCAAACUUUGAUCUGGCAAGGAUGAAAUCGAUGCUGCUAUGGUGAUUCUGUGGAAACUUUCAGGGCAUUUCAAAGUAUUUUGGGAUAUGGACAACAAUAUAGCGUAUGGGAUUACAUUGAAAAGCUACACUCUUUAGUUCGAUUAAAAUUCUGGUGGAGUAACAAACCUACGUUUUCGGUUAUGCAAUCGGGGGCGUAAGUGAAAUACUGCACUGCUCUUAAGUAUUCUUGCCAUGAGUUUUGCAAUCAGAAGUCCAUUAAAUUUAUUAGUUGCUAUUGUGUCAUUUAGCAGAAUUUCAUCUUAUGCGCGUAUCUACAGGCGGUGGCGUAAUUUAUUUCUUUAACUGACUUUACCCUCUAGCAACAGUCAGUUUUCCGUUAUGAUGAUUAAACCGGCUAACCGAGCGCACAAAUAAAUAACAACAAAAAUAAAUAAAGUACAACGUACAAUAAUUUAGGUAAAAUGGCAUCGUUGUCGGAAAUUAACACCACAGCAGCAACGACACCCAACGACGCCAUUGACCCAGCGCCGGAAGACAACUUCCGACCAUACGAUGCCGGCAUUGGCGUCGCGUUAAAUGGCAGUGAGGACAGUGAAGACAGCGACUGGUUGAACAACCUCAUGGUGCGCAUUUGGAGUCCACUUGAAAGUUCGAACACAAAUGGGACCCAAACGACGAAUGUGUCCUCAAUGAAUUCUUCUCCUACUGAUAAUCAAACCGUCGCAUUAGCCGACAACGUCAGCAAUACGUUUUAUACAUGGACAUCCGCAUCUAGUGGGUCGGACUCCUAUUUGGAUUCCAAUGCAUCCACAGUAUUCGUUAUCACUUGUAGCUCACCGCUGGCAACAGAUACAAAGCCAACAAACGGAAAUAAAAUAGGAAAUGAAGGGGGUUGCUUCUAUGACGACAACGAAGCAAACACUGGUGUAAUGCCUAAUACUUACACCACGUCACCAAAAGUGCUGUCCGAUGUUGACCUUCGAGCAACGGAAGCUACUGGUUUCGCGGCUGGUGAAGCAGAAGACGAUAUAAAUUUUGCUUUGAUCGAUAGUGCGGAAACGGCGCUAGGCGGCGACACCGAUUAUGAGACUAUAGAAGGCUUUAAUGGUGGCAUUGUAGGCGAUGGAGUCGGGAGCAAGAUUGAGGUGAAAGUGAAUGGAGUUGAUGAGGACACAGCCAUGGUUCGGCAUUCAAUACCGUACGAAAGUUACGGCUCAACCAGAAACGAUUCGUAUUUUCCUAGUUUUGAUGGCGGUGGAACGGGCGCGUCGCCGAUCGAAAAUGGAAUAAAUGCAGUAGCAGGGGAUAAGAGUGGAAGUACAUUUAUGCUGCUGCUCGAAGACUUCGGAGAUUAUUUUUAUAAUUUUAACGGAACCGGUAGUGGUGUCGGUGACGGUGUCGGGAUUUCGGAUACACAAGCCACAUUAAGUACUUUGAAUGUCACUGAUUUAAUUAUUCGAACUAAUUGCUCAAACAUAACUGAUUUAUGUGUCGUAUCAAGUGAAGAAGUUCUUCCAAAUUAUUGGGCGCUUUUGUUAAUGGUGUUUCCUUUGGUGACAUUGUUUGGCAAUAUUUUAGUUAUUCUAUCAGUGUGCCGCGAACGAUCUCUACAAACGGUUACAAAUUAUUUUAUUGUGUCAUUAGCGAUAGCCGAUCUAUUAGUUGCUGUAGUGGUGAUGCCGUUUGCGGUUUAUGUUCUGGUGAAUAGAGGUCAUUGGGACCUACCGCCGUUUUUAUGUGAUUUUUACAUAGCUAUGGAUGUGAUAUGUUCAACGUCAUCGAUCUUCAACCUAGUGGCGAUAUCGAUAGAUCGGUAUAUUGCUGUGACGCGACCUAUAGAAUAUGCAAAACACAGAAACAGUCCACGUGUUUGCCUGACAAUCCUGCUAGCCUGGGCGAUAUCAGUGGCUAUCGGCUUGCCCAUAGUGAUGGGUCUCAACAACACGCCUGAUCGUGACCCGGGGCUGUGUCUAUUCUACAACACAAUGUUUAUCCUUUGCUCAUCACUCACCAGUUUCUACAUUCCGUGCAUCAUAAUGGUGUUUUUAUACUGGAGUAUUUUCAGGGCAUUAAGUAUCCGAGCACAAAAAGCUCGUGCUGCCCGGACGCCGCACCUCUCGGAGUUGACGGGUGGCAGUGUCAUUGAGAAUGUGGCACAGACGCGUCGACUUGCCGAAACGGCGUUGGACAGCGGAAGGCAUGCGGCCCGCAUUAUACCUGACGAGCCGGCGACGAACACAGCGUCCGGGUCGAAUGAAGAGGAGGAGGAUCCCGGAGGUGGUGCCUUUUCUCCGGAUAUCGACGACUGCCACGUCAUCGUCAAUGACAAAUCCACAGAGUUUAUGCUAGCCACCGUUGUGGAAGAGACCGGCAAUGUUGUAGCUCAGAUAAGCAGCCCUCCGCAACUUGCGGUGGCCGAUCCAAAUGGUAAUCAUGAUUCUGGUUAUGCACCCUCAAACGUUGACGAUGUCCUUGCAGGCGCAGCCGCUGAUUCAUCGCCGCCGGAUAGCCCGGAGCCUAGUGGGACGUUGAAGCGGUCAAGCGUGAGCAGCAGCCGGCGCAAUACCGCAACUGGUGAUUCACCCACCAAACGGGAGCCCGCACUCAGUGUUGCCAUGAAACCGCUGUCCUAUGUCCGCUAUGGCGUUCAAGAGGCGAUGACGCUGGCACGCAAUGACUCCACCCUCUCGGCUACAUCGAAGACAUCUUCUCGGAAAGACAAGAAAAACUCGCAAGCGUCAAGAUUCACGAUUUACAAAGUCCACAAAGCUUCGAAAAAGAAGCGCGAAAAGUCGUCCGCGAAGAAAGAACGUAAAGCCACCAAAACGCUCGCAAUCGUUCUGGGCGUAUUCCUCAUAUGCUGGCUACCAUUCUUCACUUGCAAUGUGACGGAUGCGAUCUGUGCGAUCAUGGAAAUAGACUGGCGACCAGGCGUGACCGCCUUCAUACUCACCACCUGGUUGGGCUACAUCAAUAGUUUCGUCAACCCAAUCAUCUAUACGAUCUUCAAUCAGGAAUUUCGCAAAGCAUUCAAAAAGAUAAUGCAUUUAGGGUGAUCGACGUUGGAACUUAUCGAACGAAUGUUUGCAUGGGCCAGAGCCAUUUCGCAUUAUGUUAAGCACAACCUUAUUGCUAUGAUAAAAUUUUCUACAAAUUACCAAAAAUAUUCCAUAUACAUAGUUAAAUAAAAUAUGCAAUAAUUUCGGGGUGGAUACAUUUAAGCCACUAAACGAAAGACAGCAAUUUUAUAAAAGAUAAAAACAAAUCGUACAUAUGUACAUCCGAAGGAUCAAUACUACAACUUUUAAGUACAUACAUAUAAUUAAGAUAAAAUCCUUACGAAACUAACUAAGAAUAAACUGGAAAAUACUCGUAACUAGACCGAAUUGUGAGCUUUUGCUUUAGUUUGCUACCUGCAUAUGGGGUAUUCCAUGAGUAAGUGAAUCAGUGUGUACAAUUAUAAACUUGCUUGUGAAACAUGCAAGGCUUAGGGCCGUCUUCUCAAGUAAGCUGUAACUUUAAAGCUCACUUCAUAUUUAAAGACUGCAUUAAAAUUAAUGCUUGUGCCUAAAGUAAAGCAUUUU